CCGGGAUCCUCGCUAACGCUGGCGGACCUUCCGACCGGCAGCAUCCACUUCAGUCCUAUGCCGACCGUCGCGGAGAUCGGUCGUGUUUGAAGCUUGCUAUCGGAAUGUACAGAACGUAAACAAGCUUUGUGCCAUUCAUCGUCGAUAUGCCCGUAUCGUGACAGCUCAAAAUGGCUCAACGUUUGCUGUUAGUGUUUGUGUUUGGUGUGACAGUGGUUGCUGAUUACUCAAGAAACACUACGACCUCAUCACCAUCAAUUCCAAUUAGAUACGAUGCUCCUGAGGACUGCAAAUGGUGGUUAUAUCCUGCAGCCCCUGAGGAAGUGGCGCUUACCUGCAAUCUUAGGACGAUCAACAGCGAGUUUGACAAUACGAACUUUAGCGUGAUACCAUCGGAACACACGACUGCGCUACGUAUAGCAUGCAAUCCCGAAAUCCUUUCAAGGAGCAGUUUGAAUGAUAGAAGCUUCGUCCAUUUGAGUAAGCUCAGAGCGUUGGAACUGGAGAAUUGCAAAUUAGGGCGAUGGCCUGCUGAAACCUUACUGGGCUUGAGAGACCUCAGAAACCUAUCCAUCAAGACACAUAACACUGACUGGCCAGCAAUGAACCUGGACUUCGCACGUGAUAGUUUCAUGUCAGUCCGACAGCUGGAACGACUUGAUCUCAGCUGUAAUAAUAUUUGGUCCUUCCCUGAGAAUCUUUUCUGUCCACUCAUCAACUUAGUGUUCCUAAACGUGAGUGAGAAUCGUCUGCAAGACGUCAACGACUUAGGAUUUCGAGAAAAAGCUCCAGAACCUCCUCAACCAUUGAUAAGUGUAUCUGAAGAUGACCCAGAGCAUCACUCUGAGGCUGCUAGGACUUUAGCGAAUCCAUGUAGUUUGGACAUCCAGGUACUGGAUACGUCAUUUAACCACUUUGUGCUGAUCCCAGCGAACGGCUUCAGUGUUUUGCGAAGACUUCGAGAACUGUAUAUCCAUAACAAUGAAAUCUCCAUGGUUGCAGACAAGGCACUAUCAGGAUUAAAGUCCCUGCAAGUUUUUGAUUUGUCCAACAACAAGGUGGUUGCAUUGCCCUCGGAGUUGUUCAAAGACUGUGGUAGUUCAAUUAGAGAGAUUUACUUGCAAAACAAUUCGAUUAGUGUACUUGCACCUGGUUUGUUUACAAAUCUAGAACAACUUCUCGCAUUAGAUUUAUCGAGGAAUCUGCUGACUAGCUCUUGGAUCAACGCGGAAACCUUCUCAGGAUUGAUACGCUUGGUGCUACUGAACCUCUCCUUUAACCGAAUUACAAAGCUGGAGCCAUCGUUCUUCAAGGAUCUAUAUACACUUCAGAUUCUAAACUUGCAACACAACUCUCUGGAAACCAUCCCUGCCGAUACUUUUGCACCUAUGAACAAUCUACAUACGUUGAUUCUCUCGUUCAACAAAAUCACGUACCUAGACGCCUACUCGUUGAAUGGUCUCUACGUGUUGUCCCUAUUAGCUAUGGAUAAUAACGUGCUGGAAGGAAUUCACCCAGAGGCAUUCAGGAACUGUUCCAGUUUACAGGAGUUGAAUUUAAACGGAAACUUGCUAAAAUCCGUCCCGUUAGCUUUGAAAGAUAUGCGGCUUUUGGGAACUUUGGAUCUCGGCGAAAAUCUCAUCUCAGUGAUAGAAGAUCCGGGAUUCCGGGGGCUGCACAACCUAUACGGCUUACGACUAAUCGGAAACAGAAUUCAGAAUGUGAGCAAACGCGCCUUCACUGAUCUACAUACGUUGCAAAUUUUGAACUUAGCCAGAAAUAGGAUAAAGAAUGUGGAACAAGGUGCGUUUGUAUUUAGUAACAAUCUGCAAGCGAUCAGAGUGGAUGCAAACCAAUUGACUGACAUUAACGGUCUGUUCUCAGAAGUAUCGACUCUGUUGUGGCUGAACGUAUCGGAUAACCAAUUAGAAUGGUUCGAUUAUGCGUUGAUCCCGCGCGGUUUGCAUUGGCUUGAUAUGCAUAAAAACAACGUCGUCGAACUUGGGAACCACUACAACCUUGACUUCGAAUUACAGUUGCAGACGCUGGAUGCCAGUUUUAAUAGAUUGACGAAGAUCAAUGCCGCGUCGGUUCCAAGCAGCAUACAGUUGUUGUUCUUGAAUGAUAAUCUCAUCACAAAGGUCGAAUCACACACAUUCUUGAAGAAAGUGAAUCUCACGAGAGUGGAUUUAUACGCGAAUCAAAUUGUUAGUAUGGACCUGACUGCCCUGCAAUUGACUCCAGUUGACCCGGCAAGGCCUCUACCAGAGUUCUACAUAGGAGGUAACCCGUACCAGUGCGAUUGUACUAUGGAGUGGCUGCAAAGAAUCAACGCGCUGGAUCAUCACAGACAACAUCCGAGAGUCAUGGACUUGGAAAGCAUCUACUGUAAGUUGCUUUAUAAUCGUGAUAGCAAUUACUUGCCACUGAUGGAAGCAGAUUCCUCGCAAUUCCUGUGCACCUACAAAACUCAUUGCUUCGCCUUGUGCCAUUGUUGUGACUUUGAUGCAUGUGAUUGUGAAAUGACCUGUCCGACGAACUGUACGUGCUACCAUGACCAAUCUUGGGCUGCAAAUGUUGUUGAGUGCUCCGGAGUAGGUUAUACCGAGAUGCCUAGUAACAUUCCUAUGGAUGCUACAGAAGUUUACUUGGACGGUAAUAACUUUGGAGGACUAUCCAGUCACUCCUUCAUUGGUAGAAAAAAUUUGAAAGUUCUUUACGCUAAUAACUCUCAUAUUGCUGCAAUAUACAAUCACACGUUUAGCGGCCUGAAACGAUUAAUUAUUCUACAUCUUGAAGAUAACAAGAUAAAGGAACUGCUUGGGUUCGAACUUGCUAGUUUGGAGUCUUUGAGAGAACUUUACCUGCAGGAAAAUAUGAUCCAUUUCAUAGACAAUAGAACGUUUCUAGAACUUAAACACCUAGAAGUAAUACGACUGGAUGGGAACAGGUUAUAUUCAUUUGAAAUAUGGCAACUGGGACUGAAUCCUUAUCUCGUGGAGAUAGGACUAGCAUACAAUCACUGGUCUUGCGACUGCCAAUACGUGACGAAAUUCAAAACUUGGCUGGAAAUUAACUACGCCAAAGUUCUUGAUGCGGGCAAAAUAGCGUGUAUGUAUAACAACAUAACAAAAUUCAUCGGCCCUCACGUGUCGGAUUUCAAUAGUUCUUCGUGUGUGAACGUUUACUCGGGCAGUAAUCGAGCCAUUAUGGAAACUCAGACCAUGAACGAUUAUCUGCCAUUGCUGUUGGUGACCAUGUGCGUGUUCAUUUCUAGUGUUGUGAUAGUUUGUGGGGCGUUCUACUACCGUAGGGAGCUAAGGGUGUGGAUAUACUCGCGAUGCGGCUUGCGUAUGUGCUACAAAACCACCGCGUUUGAGGAGCAGCAAGACAAGGACAGACUGUUUGACGCGUACGUUUGUUACAGUGUGAAAGAUGAGGCUUUUGUCACGCAAGUGAUCACUUCCGGUUUAGAAUCGGGAGAUCCUAGCUAUAGACUGUGUCUCCACUAUAGAGACUUCAACGUGUCGGCUUACGUGGCUGACACUAUCAUAGAAGCAGUGGAAUCUUCUCGAAGAACAAUUGUAGUGAUAUCAACGAACUUUCUAUAUAACGAGUGGUGCAGGUUCGAGUUCAAAUCAGCACUACACGAGGUAAUGAAAGACAGGCGGCGUAAGCUGAUCUUCAUAGUGUUCGGGGAGAUACCUCAGCGGGAUUUGGAUCCCGAUCUGCGACUGUACCUGAAGACCAACACAGUGAUAGAGUGGGGAGACAGACAGUUCUGGCAGAAGCUGCAGUUCGCAAUGCCUGACGUGAGAAGGCCGUGCAUGCACCAGGGGUCUUCUCUGAACAUCUAUGCGACUGCUACUUCACAUCGAGCGCAGAGUCCUGGGUUGCCACCUCCACCGCCUCCUGGAAAGCUGCCGCCUUUCCUGCAGCACACGUCUAGUUUGCCCAGAGACAGCCGGACCAUGCCGCAUCCGCUGUGGGCGUAGCGAUUAUCUUUUAGCAGUCAAACAGGUACCGUCCAUCUGGCAACGUCGCAUCUCACCGAGGCCUGACCGCACAACGCGCUCAGAGAGAAGCACAGUGGUAGUAAUGCUAGUGCACUUACCAAAGCCAGCGCGCUCGCCGGUGAGCGCAGAAAGCAGAAGCAGGAACGCAUUUCUCUAUCAUUCUCAUCAAGUUUUAGUAGCGAAUGUACGAGGAUUUCCUGAAACACCAGAUUGAUGCUCGAGCGUUCGUCCAAAACGGGUCAGAGGGAUCUAAGAGAAUAAACGGGGUAGCGCACCCUAGAUCAUGUGAUUUAAAUUUAGUGAAAUAGAAUUACUCUAUAGAACAGUUCCCUCGUUCAAGUAACUUUUCUGUAUACGCUAAUUUUCAAUUCUGUUGUAUAUAGUUCUGUAUAGCUAUUGUAAUUAUUUUUUGCUGUACAUUUUUGUUUAUAUAUUUGUAUAAAGUGUAUAUUUAAUAUAU